AUGCUAUGCACCUCAUGCGGCAUUCCAACAUCAAGACAGGAUUCUAGCUCCCCUCGAGCAAAGGCGGCGGUGGCGGAUCGCCGCCGUGAGCAGAAUCGUCGGGCACAGAAGCGAUUCAGACAGAAAAAUCGCGAGCGGAAAGCAACCCCAGACCAAGAUCAAUCACAUCCACAAAACGGCGCCUCCGAUACCCUCGACGAUAUUAGUCCAUUAGCCUCCUGCGCAUUGACACCACUCACAUUGCCCAUUCCAAUGUGCACGAGUCGCAGGCAGUCUUCAAUAUGCCGUUAUGAUGAGAAUCGCGGAGAUAUUGUGAUUGAUUAUGAUUUCCUUUUGGAUCCCAACGAUCGCGGGAUGAACAAAGGCGCGGACGAUUUCUGGACAACGACACUGAAACACACGGCACCCUUUGCUUCUACUGCCCUUGUUCCCCCUUUAGAGCUGAAAGACUCAAGAGCAUAUCAUACAACGAGCAACCCGGGUGAUUCUGUCGAUCACAACGAAAGUGACAGAGUGCCAGCAGUACCGACCGUGCUUCAUCGAGCAGUGCAGACUGGAAAUAGCAAGGUUGUAUGCCUUUUACUAGAGCAUAACGCCGAUUGCAACUCGAAAGACAAAGCUGGCCUGACGCCUCUGUUGUAUGCGGUGAUCGGAGGCCAUGAGGAAAUAUUAGAACUAUUGCUAUUACAUGGGGCCAGUAUAGCACAUGUUGAUAAUGGUCACUGGUCGGCCCUCCACUGGGCUGUGUUCCAUAAUCGUCACAGUAUGUUGGACCGGCUUCUGAGAUAUUGCGGUGGGGACACUUCGUUGCUGAACAUACGAGACAAGGACGGGCAGACACCGCUAUCAGUCGCGGUUGGCGCGGGAAGUGAGGUGGCUGUGAAACUACUACUAGAAUUUGGGGCCACAGUCAACGUAGAAUGA